UCUAUGAUAAUACAAUGUUGGAAUUAAAGUUAAUACUUUUACAUAAAUGAACGGUAAAUAUUUUUAAUGACUUUUCCUGUGAAGGUGACAGCUGAGUUCAUAAAAUAUGUUGAGACAACUAAUUGGAUGUCAAAGGAGAAUUGUUUUGAGAGGUUAUAGGUACUUUACUGACGCUGCAUCACAAGAUUUUACUGAAGGAGAGAAGAAAAUAAAGGAGGUUUUACAGACUAAAUUUCCAGGACAUAAAUUGAUUCAUGUGUCAGAUAUUUCAGGUGGCUGUGGGGCAAUGUUUGAAGUAGCUAUAGAGGCUGAGGAAUUUAGAGGACUUCGAACAGUCAAACAACACAUGCUAGUCAAUGAGGCUUUGAAAAAAGAGAUUGGACAGAUGCAUGGAUUGAGGAUACAUACAAAAGUUCCAGGAUAGUGUUGUUUAUAUAGUGUUAUAACUUAUUAAAUAGUGUGAUAUCACCUGGAGUCAGUAGACAGGAUAAAGCACAUAGUUGUCAACAUGUCAUGUUGAGUGAUGAACAUUUUAAUAGAUUUCUCAUUUUUCACUUGAAGUAACUGAGAUUUUAUGAAAUUUAAUAAUUUCUGACUAAUGUAGCCAAUAGGAAGGAUU